AUGCGAGGGAGCUGUCGCGUUCACGAAGAAGGAAUGUCUGGAAAGAGAGUUUUAGUUCUGAAUAUGGGACUUCGUCCCAUUUUCCAUUUUUCCCGAUUUGGAGCUCAGGGAGAGGCAAUGUUCGGGAGAUUUUUCAAGGAAAAUAUCGGGGUGUCGCAAUUGCGAGCUCUUUUUCGCAAUUACAAACAUCACAAAUGCAAAACAAAGGUCGCAAAUUCAAACCUUAUAUCAGAAGCUCAAAUGUCGCAAAUGCGACAAAAUAUUAGCAAAUGUGAACUGCCCACCUUCGCAAAAGCGGCCAACUUCUUCGCAAUUGCGAAGAUACCCCAAUUUAGCAUUGCAUUGCAAUUGCGAUGCCAGAGUUGCAAAUGCGGAUACAGCAUCCAUCACAAAUGUGACCCCUUCGUCGAAAAUGCGAAGUCCCAGCCCCCAACCCAUGCUCGCGAAUGCCAACUAUUGUUUGCAAAAGCAAGGCUCGCAAAUGCGAGCCAGACCUCGCAAAUGCGAAAUCUGCAGACAAACACUAGAAAUAGCAGUGACAGAGUUUCCAACUUUCUAGUUUUUGUUACUUCAUUUAUUCUUCACCAAGGUCUAGCUGCUAUUUUUGAUGUCACAACUUAUGGUGCUAUCGGAGAUGGAGUAACUGAUGAUUCUCAAGCUUUUCAACAAGCUUGGCUAGAUGUAUGCUAUGAUUGUGAAAAUCCAACAUUCUUGUUGAGCCCUAUAUUAUUUCAAGGCCCUUGCAAUUCUACCACUAUUAAUAUACAGGUUUUAGGGAAUAUCACGGCACCCCAAAAUUUAAGAGAAUGGGUAGGGUGUGAAAAUGAUAGUUGGCUUUAUUUCACUGGGAUAUCUGGUCUCAUCAUCAAUGGCACUGGUCAAAUUAAUGGUCAAGGCGCUGCCUGGUGGAACAUUUCUGGUCCCGCUCAAAAGGUCAAUGGGACUUGCCACAAGCCAACGACUAUGCACUUUAAUUUUUGUAAUGAUCUUGAAUUGAGUGGACUGAACCUUGUUAAUAGUUCAAGAAACCAUAUAAGCAUUACUUUUAGCACAGGGGUAAAUAUCUCCAAUAUCACUAAAACUGCACCUGAAGAUAGCCCCAACACUGAUGGUAUUGAUCUCUCUAUGUCUACCACUCAAGUUCAAAUUCUGAAUUCCACUUUUCAAACAGGUGAUGAUUGCAUUUCCAUCAAUACGGGAUGUUCUGAUAUAAAUAUUACUGGUAUUUCAUGUGGACCAGGACAUGGUAUAAGUGUAGGAAGCCUAGGAAUUAAUGAGACUUUUGCUGCUGUGGAGAAUAUAAAUGUAACAAAUUGUACCUUCCAAGGAACACAAAAUGGUGUAAGAAUCAAAACAUGGCAGGGUGGUAUGGGCUAUGCCAGAUUUAUAAAUUUUGAGAAUAUCAACCUCACAAAUGUUCGUAAUCCCAUCAUUAUCGACCAAUUCUAUUGCAAUGGUGCUCAUAAUUGUGGAAUUGAGCCAAAUGCAGUCCAAGUGAGUAAUGUAACAUACAAGGAUAUAUUUGGGACAACACCAAGCAAAAUAGCUAUAAAUCUGAAUUGCAGUGACAACUGCACAGCUUGCACCAACUUAGUAUUUGAGCAAAUUAAUAUAACCUCAGUUUUGCCUGAAAAACAAACUCUUGUAUCUUGUAAUAAUGCUCAUGGACAAGCCAAUUCAACUUUACCCCCAAUAACAUGCUUGUUAACAUAA